ACUAAACCCACAUCUCCGCCCUAAAAAAAGAAAAUGAUUGCCCUCCGUGUGUUCAGUUCAUUCCACCUUAUCGGGAUCAAACGGGUUUCACCGUUUCUCUACUAUUUACAACCUAUGCUACAUUGGUGAAGAUCUACCGACAGAUCUACCUUGAAAAAAAUUCCAUAGAAGAUUCCAAAGUGUCCAGCUGGAUCAACGCCAAGUCGCAACCGAACAAAAUCAAUCAAUCAAUCGAUCAUGGCUUGGACGGGAAUAAAGCCGCACUUUGCAUAAUCCCCCGCUGACGGUUUUGAUUAUUUCAUAGCAAGGAGGGCUUGGAAUUGCAAGUUUGCUGCUAUUUUGGAUCUGCCAACUCCAGGGAGACCACCGACCCCCUUUUUCCUCCGAGAAUCUCGGGUAAUUGGUCGGCACAUUGGGUUCAGUUUUCGUACGGCACAGCCCACCCCCUUACGGGCAACACGUGCGCCCGCCUCGCCUUUGAACAGAAUCGAAUCUACCGCUCACUUUCGCGCGUUGGUGAUAUUCUGGUGUUUGGUGAAAAAAAAAAAAAAAAAAAAAAAAAACCGCCAGGGAAAGCCCCGAACCCCGCCUUUCUUACUCCGUCCCCGCUGCGGUGAAGGCGCCAUGCCCAACCGCCACACGCCAUCUCCGUUGCCCUCGCCCACGCGCGAUCGCCCUGCAGUAGGAGGACGGAGACGCUCAAUCUCUCCGUCCCAUGUGGGGUCAGGGUCACGACCAGAAGGAGGGGGUAGCCGGUCUCCCUCGCCUGUCCAGGAGCGAUCAUCCCGGUACGGUGUUCGUAAUGAUGGCUUUCGUGAUGGGUCGCCGUCGCAGCCCCGGAGCCGUAGCCGACCCGCCACUAGCAGGCGCUCCCGCUCUAGGUCUCUGUCAAGCUCUCGUUCAAGGUCGCGAUCGCGUGAUCGAGCCGGUGCAAAACCACGAUCCAGCCGUCCUGGUAUUGACAGUGGCAGGUCAAGGCGUCGCAGGUCCCGGUCGCGCUCACGUUCAAGAUCCUCAUCCAGAUCGGACUCGAGGUCGAGGUCGCAGCUGAGGCGGGACUGCGAGGAUGCAAAGAGCAAGGCUCGCCACGAGGGCAAGAAGGAAGCUGCCGUGAAAACUUCGGCCAUGUUCCUGGGAGCUAUUGCUGUCACAACUUUGGCAGUUCACAAAUUCUGGCCCAAGGGGUUCCCAUAUGGUGACAAAGAAGAAUGGGAAACACGGGAAAUUCCCAAGCAUGUUCAGAAAUCAAAGGAAGAUCUGUUCGAAAAACGGGAGGAAGUGCACCAAAAAAUCGAGGACAUGACGCACGGGCGGCGGCCCAUGCUCGAGGGUCGGCCCGGACGGUCCGGUUCCACGGCAUCAGUUGGCUCUAGCAAUGGCCGGCGCUAUGCAGAAUAUGAUCGCGAGCGAAUUUAUUAUGAAGACCGCCAGGGCAGAAGAUUCUUGCCGGUAGCCCGGGAACGGGAAGAAAGACCUGGAUUCGAACAGGAGACCAUCUGGGUUGACCGGGAAGGUUAUCGCGUAGACCCUCCGCCCCGGCAUGAAAGGGUAUAUCGACGCCAGGAGACACACUACAGGGGUGAUGACGCUCCUUAUGGCGAUACAAAAGCACGGCUAGUCAGUCGUUCAAGAGAGGAAGCAGAAGUCCACCAACCACCCGCCCGAAACAGCAGGCCCAUGCUUGAGGAUGUCAGUCAACGCCCGCGGGAUAUUCCAUGGGAAAAUGAUGAGAGACGAAUGCUCCAAGACACUUCCUCUCGAUCUUCUAUGAAAUACGCAGAACCCGGCGAUCUUGGUCCACCUCGAUAUGAGAAAGUCACUGCUCGCCAAGAGCGCAUGGUCGUGAAUGAGCGAGCUUUUUCUCCCCCCGGUGAGUGGGAUAGAGACACGGAAAUCGGGAGGGACCGACGGUUGCAUGAGAGCACCAAAGAAAGACAUCACAUCGCUGAGAAUGACCGACUCUCGUUACAUGAUCUGGAGCGAAAUCAUGAACAAACCCAAGAUCCGCCGUUAAGAGAGAUCACUACAGAGCGCCGAGAAAUUGUUCGUGGGCGUGAUCCAUCGCUUGGUCGUAGUUAUGAGAGACCACGAGAUCAUGACCGAAUCCAAGAUCCACCGUCAAAAGAAAUUAUCACGGAACGUCGAGAAAUUGUUCGUGGACGUGAUCGUUCGCUUGAUCAUGAUUACGAGAGACCGAGGGAUCAUGACCGAAUCCAAGACCCUCCGUCAAGAGAGAUCAUUACGGAGCGACGAGAGGUUGUUCGUGGACGUGAUCCAUCACCUGAUCGUGACUAUGAUAGACCGCGAGAUCGGACACCAAAACGCAAGGUUAUCGAAACUCAAGAGAUAAUUCGAGAGAAAGCAACCUCGCCCCCUCUGGAAUAUCAUAGAGAAUCAGAGCGAGCACGGGAACUCGAUUUUGAGCCGAAUAUAAUUACAGUAGAACGACACGAGAAAAUUCGCCAACGCGACAUUUCUCCUCGGGGCCACAAGCCCGUCAAAGACCGACCCAAAGAAACUAUCGUCGAGGAACAUGAGAUUGUCCGGGGACGAGCUCCCUCUCCUGCACGAGGUUAUGAAGACGAGCGAGAGUACAACAUGACAAUGAAGAAGGUCACUAGAGAGCGACGUGAGGAAAUACGAGACCGGAGCCCAUCGCCAGACUAUGAGUAUGAGCGAACCCGUGAACAGCCUCGUGAGUUCCGGGAAGAGCGCAGGGUGAUUCGUGAGAGAGGAAUUUCCCCGCCUCGGGAGUGGGACAGGCCGCGAGAAAGACGAUCAAACCACGAAGCGGUAGGUCCCAUCGAGGUCGACUUUUUGGACCUCCCAGUACGUACGCGUCGGAAUGGCGCGUCGCCCAUGCCACACUCGAGAAGGGGUGACAGGGAGCGAAUGAGGGACGAAGACCUUGCUUACUACUGAAGACGUUUCAGUCGCAAUCUUUCAUCCCAAGUGGAUCGAUGGCGCACAUGGCUAUGGAUGUGAUUGUUAAUGGUCCAAGGAUAUAAAUUAUGCAUACAGAUUUAACAUAAAUAUAGAAUAGACAUUGAUAAAUGCGUACGUUCCUUCUCAUAAACAUAAAAGCACAGUUUGGAU